AACGAGAGAGAGUUGUGAUUGGCCAGUCUCAUAGCGCGAAAUCAAAGAGACGCUGCGAUUGGACUGGUUCAAGGAGCGAGAGAACAAGAAACCCACAUUGUAAUUGGUCACUUCGAGGCAAGUUGAGCCGUCACAGCAACGCGUUGCUAAAGGGUCAUGUCGCUCGGCAAGCAGACUGGAGGGGAAGCAGGCGCUGGCGUGGCCGCCCACCUCCAGUGUCCCCUCUGUGGCAAUUUCGCCAAAUGUCACGCCCACCAGCUGUCCCACGUUGCCGUCGCCCAUCCCACCUAUUUGGACAGCGUGGCGAUGGGUCGCCUCGGCAACAUCAUCAUGUACCAGAGCGGCGCCCGACUGUUCCACUGCGCCGACUGCUUCUUUACCAGCCGCGACUUCACCAAACUGUACCAGCACAUCAUCUCUAAACACUGCAUGGACGAGACGGCAACGGUGGGGGGACGAGCUGACGUGGAGGACGACGGGAGCGAAAAGGGGGACAAGGAAGCAGACGAGGAAGGGAUGGAAGCAGAUGAGGAAGGGAAAGAUGCGGACGAUGAAGGGAAUGAACUAGAGGAGGAAGGGAAGGAAGUAAAGGAGGAAGAGGAGGAAGUAGAUGAGGAAGUGAAGGAAGUGGAGGAAGAAGUGAAGGAAGCGGACGAGGAAGUGAAGGAAGUAGACGAGGAUCUGAAAGAAGGCAAUGAUGCGGAUGAAACAACUCCACAGAGCCACAACAGCGGUGAGGAUGUGAAGGAUGAGGACGGCGUCUCCGAGAGGAUGAUAAGCGACGCGGACGAAAGCGUGUUGCUCUUCGACGGCGACUGGUACCGCUGCCUGAUCUGCAACUGGUGGAAAAACAAGCUGAAAGUCGUGGCCAUCAACCAUGCCGUGCGAAAACACAGUAUCCCCAGGGAGUUUGUCGUCCAGAGGAUCAGACAAGACGAUACCGCUUCAUGCUUCAAACGUCAUCCGAGCGCCGGUGCGGACGAAGACGACGAGGACGGUCUGAGCGGAGACCAUCUGAAAGAGGAAUUGGAGGCGACGGCCAAAGUGGUCGGCUUCUUCUCCAGCCGCUACGUCUGCCUCAUCUGCGGCUGGAAGACUAAAAGGAAAGGUUUUGUCAUCAACCACGUGGUGCGCAGCCACAACGUGGAACGUCCGUACAGAUGCAAAGACUGCAAGCGCUCCUUCUUCCUGCCCAGCCGACUCCUGCAGCACGUCCGAGCGGCUCACCGCCCGGGACGCUUCGCCUGCCCCUUCUGCUGCUUCAGGUCCCACUUCCUGGUCGGCUUCCGGAGGCACUGCAGCCGAUGCGCUGCCCGCGAGGAAGGCCACGGCGGGGGACUGGGACUGGUGACGGGCGAGGAAGGCAGAGGGGGGCUGCUGGUGGUCAAGGAGGAGACCAAGGAGACAAGAGCUGGGAGGAAAAGAGCACGGAGGCUGAUUGAAGAGGCUGAGGAGGAAGACGAGCUCAUGUUGCUCUAACACUGGACCGGACAUUCGGCCCACUCUGUCAUUCAGUUCUGUCAUAGUUCUUGCAUUAUUUAGCAGGGUUUUUUUUUUUUAAAUUUUAAGACACAUUGGCUUUUAAAAUGUACCGUACUUUCUCAUGUAUAAUGUGCACCCAUGUAUAUUACGCACCCCCAAAGUUGACCUCAAAAUUCUGGAAAACCCAUCUCCCUAUGUAUAACGCAUUUUUACAAUGCAUGAUUUUGCUUUUACCCAUAUGAUAAAAACAUGUUUUUUCAAAGAAUUA